AUGCAGGCGCGUCCUCGCCUUGCUUCGUCUUCCCCUUUUCUCGGCUUUUCCUUCCGCGGCUGCGGGUUUUUUUCGCGGGUUUUCCUCCUGCUGGCGCGGCUCAGCCUUUUGGAGAGUGUCUCCUCGAGCCUGCAUUCAGCAGAAGCUCUUGCAGGCAGCUCUCCACGCGGGUAUCGAACCGUCGCGUUCUCGCCGCGUCUGUUCCCGUCUCUCUCCGUCAAAACCCCCCUGGCGAUGCACUCGCCCCUGCGCGGCUCUCUGUUUUCCGCUUCUCUUUCUCCCUCUUCCUCUCCCUCUCCGUCCUGUGCCGGUCGCAGCGCCGACCGCGCGACAGGGCCUGCCUCGGCCUCUGCGCUCGCCCGCACCGCCGCAAACGGCGCCGCGGGGAGAGAGGAGGACGCGGGGAGAGAGGACGACGCGGCUGGCGUCUCCUCGUUGAGGCGCAAGCGAGAGUGGAACGCGCGCGGCUCUCCGCGUUUCCUCGCGCCGAGCUUCAUCGCGUCGUCUGACUCUCCCGUCACAGAGGACAGCCUCGUGGGCGAGUGGGAGCUCGAGGCGACUCUCAACGAAGCUGUGCCGCAGCUGGCGGCAAAGCUGCUGGCCUCGCAGGGAGGCGACAGCGAGGGCGACGGGCGCGCGUCUCAGUCCUGGUUUUCUGGUCUUUUCUCCUGGGGCACCGCCGCGGAGAAGACGCGAAGAAGGCGGACGAGGGAGGAGGAGGAGGAGGGCGCGCGGCUCCUGCAGGCGUUGGAGGCGCUCGCCGCCAGCGGCCGCGGACGAACGCCCGCUGCCCUCCCCCGUCCCCCCCUGCGUCUCACGCUGAAGGCGAACCGCGAGGGCCUCCUCCACGCUGCAUCGGCGCCAGGUGGCGACGGCUUCUUUCCUGCGGCUGUGUGGCAGCUGAAGCGCAGGCCGUUCUCGGCGCUCCACGUGGAGAUUGAAGUCCCCUUUCCGCCGAGCGACCCGAGGUUCAUCCUUGUCUUCGUGGCUCCUGCACAGCCCUCGAGCUUCUUCCCCGCCUCCGUGCGCAUCGGCGAAGGACGCCUCUUCGUCGCCGUGGCGCCCUUCCUGCCCUGGAGCACAAUGGAGCUCGGCGUUUUCUCGAUCCGACCCAAGACCCUCAAGGCCAUCGUCGACCCUUCUCUCUUGUAA